ACACAGACUGCCUGAGUGUCGAAAGCAGGCAGUGAAACUUCUGGAGGGAGCAGAUGGUGGGAGGUUAAGCCUGAGAGCUCCCAGGACCUGAGUGAACAGGCACAGGAGCACACAGGACAGAGCUGUGAGGACAGACUCUGGUGCCUGUGAGUGUCUGUCAGUCAAGCCCUAGGAACUAAUGAGUUCAGUGCCUCUUCUAGUAUCAUCAGUAUCAGACUUGGCAUCAAGAGGAUUUAGGGGCCUGCCUUCCAAUGGACAUCGUUACUCACAAAAGAGAGAAAGCUGGACACGACCACCAAAAAGGAGAUGACCAGCUGGUUGGUGUGCCUAAGGAAACCACAGUUCUUGGGACCAUCCAGAUACUAUGUGCCCUGACAAUUGCAAGCUUGGAGGGUAUUCUAGUAUCAGCUUCCUACUCUUCCUACUUCAACCCAGCAGCCUUCACCACUUUGAUGACUGUGUACCCAUUUGUUGGAUCCCUGUGUUUUGCCAUUGCUGGAUCUCUCUCAAUAAUCUCUGGAAAGAUCUCAAUCAAACCUUUUGCACUGAGCAGCUUGGCCUCCAAUGCAGCAAGCUUGGCUGUUGCUACAAUUGGCUUCCUCCUCCUCACCCAUAGCCUCAUAGACAUGAGGACUGCCUCUCUACACUGUAAUUCAGAAAAGGAAUUUCUGUCCUUAUUGCCUUAUUCGGGAUCCCACCAUUGGAUGAAUGAAGACAAGAAAUGUCUCCUUGCUUAUGUCAGUGCCGUGAGUGGGCUGGUGGUGAUGCUCAUCUUCACUGUGCUGGAGCUUUUGCUAGCUGCAUACAGUUCUGUCGUUUGGUGGAAGCAAGUUUACUCCAACAAGCCUCAGAGUGCAUUUUUCAUGCCUGAGUCACAAGAUCAUUCCCAAGUUGUCAAAAGCAGUUCGCUGAGGCCAUGGAUAUGAAAUACAGAAGAAGAAGGAAGAAAUCCAGUGCUCCUGGCAGAGCACAGCUAGACAUUCCUGAAAUCUCAGCCUUGGUAGAUCUGAAUAAACUUUUGAAGAAAAA